ACACACACACACACACACACACACACACACAUACACACAAAGAUGACAGAGACCUACCCAGAGCACUACAACGCCAUCAAGGACGUCGUCCUGACCGACUUUCUCGAUACCGAGACCGAAUCCACCUUCAAGGCGAGCGAGAUCUGGAAGGACCAACCUGCCAUUAUCGUUGUCAUCCGUCGCCCAGGAUGCCCCUUCUGCCGUGAAGAAGCCCGUAUCCUCGACGAACACCGCGCCAUCAUCGAGAAGCAAAUGGGCUUCCGAAUGAUCGUUGUCAUCCACGAGAAAUUGGGCGCGGCCACCUUUAAGAACCAAUACUGGAACGGCGGUGAAACUUAUUGGGAUGGCUCCAAAGGCUUCUACAAAGCACUCGGCGGCGGGAAACUGCGCUGGGCCUCCAUUGACCAAUUACUCCGCCCGUCCUUAUGGUUCAACGCCCUCCGGAACCUCCGCUCAGGCGUCCGUGGGAAUCUCCUCGUGGGCGAAGGUCGCAUCUUCGGUGGCCUCUACAUCGUCCGCAAGGGCGACGCCGGAGUCGCCUACAAGUUCGAGGAGACCGUCAUGGGUAACCUGGCGCCGAUCAGUGAGGUCCUGAGGGUCUGCAGCGAGAUCUCCGGGGUGGAUGUGGACGAGGCUUCGUUGAGGAAGGCCAGGGAGCAGGAGAAGGAGGCUCAGGAACGGAAGGAGGCAGCUGCGGCCAGGGGACAGACUGAAUGCGAGGGUGAUGUCUGUGCGCUACCUCCGGCGGCUUCAAAGCUGUGAAGAUCGAUCAGGAGAUGGGUGGCGAAAAAAUGAAGCUUUAUUUCUUUCGUACAUAGACCAUGUGCA